AUGUUCAGUAUAAAUUUGACAACAGAGAUAGCUUUCACUCUGGCUGGACUUCCAUAUAAUCACAAAAUUAAAUCUUUCAUAUUUGUAAUAUCUCUGCUCUUAUACUUGAUGUCACUUGGAGGAAACCUCACCAUAGCAGCAACCAUAUGGAUGAACCAGCAGCUACACAAACCUAUGUAUUUUUUCCUCGGAAAUCUUUCUUUCCUAGACUUUUGCUACUCUUCAGUGACUGUUCCCAAAAUGUUGGUGUUUUUACUUGGGGGGAGUAAGAUAAUUUCAUACACAGGAUGCAUGACUCAACUUUAUUUCUAUGUUUCUUGCUGUAGCACAGAAUGUUUGCUUCUUUCCAUAAUGGGCUUUGAUAGAUAUGUUGCCAUUUGUAAUCCCAUGCAUUAUUCAACUAUCAUGAGCAACAGAUCAUGCCUUCACAUGGCCAUAAGUCUCUGGCUUACUGGCUUCAUCAGUUCUAUUCCAAAUUCUGUUUUCACGGCUCGAUUACCAUAUUGUGAGUCACAUGUGAUUUCUCAUUUCUUUUGUGACAUCCCACCCUUGCUAAAACUUGCAUGUGCUGACACAUUUCUAAAUGAAAUCCUCAUCUUAACAGCUGGUUCAGUUGUAGGGCUUAGCUCCUUUUUGUUGACCCUGGUUUCCUAUAUUCAGAUAAUUUCCACCAUCUUUAAAAUCAAGACAAAGGUAGGGAGAAGCAGAGCAUUCUCAACAUGUGCUUCCCAUUUAACUGUAGUUAUUAUUUUCUUCGGAAGUAUAAGCUUUAUGUACAUGAGACCAACUUCCAGCUACUCAAUGGAUCAGGAUCAGAUAGUGUCACUUCUCUAUGCAGUUGUCACUCCUGCUUUGAAUCCCAUUAUUUAUACAUUAAGGAACAAGCAGGUCAUAUCAGCUUUGAAGAAGACUAUUACCAGAAUGGUAUUUUUCAAAUAA